AUGGGCAGGCAAAGCUUGUCACUUGUAAGCCACCUGAAGAGGGCAGUGAAGAAAAUAAACCUCAUUUUACUUGGCUUUAAGUUAAACCGAUGGAAAUUGGCUUCAAUCCUUGCUUGUACUAACAGAGCUUCUGCAAGGCAGUGCUUGAGCUUCAAGGACAGAUUGGGUUUGUAUGGCUGCAUUGAAGAUGAUAAUGCCGAUGAGAAUCGGUGUUUGAGACGGGUUCUUAGCACAAGGACCCAUGAUCGCGCUUCGGAUGAUGAUGAUGAUGUUGAUCACCGGGCUGAUGUUUUCAUUUCGAAUUUUCGUCGUCAGCUGAGGUUCGAGAGACAGGUUUCUUUGGAGCUAAGGCAGCUCUCUCAAAUGGGGAGCAAUUCGGAUGUACGUUUCCAAACUUGA